AUGGCGGCGGGGGCGAGCGGCAGCGGCCUGCUGCCCUUCCUGCGGCUGCUGGGGCAGCUCAAGAGAGUACCGCGGACGGGCUGGGUGUACAGGAAGGUGGCGAAGCCAGAGAGUGUGUCCGACCACAUGUACAGGAUGGCCAUCAUGGCUCUGAUGACUGAAGACAAGAGCCUCAACAAGGACAGGUGCAUACGAUUAGCUUUGGUUCAUGAUAUGGCUGAAUGCAUCGUUGGAGAUAUUGCUCCUGCAGAUAAUAUCCCCAAAGAGGAGAAGCACAGGAGAGAAGAGGCAGCUAUGCAACAGCUGGCUCAGCUUCUGUCAGAGGACCUCAGAAAAGAAAUCUAUGAACUCUGGGAAGAAUAUGAAAACCAGCACACUGCAGAAGCCAAGUUUGUAAAACAGUUGGAUCAGUGUGAGAUGAUCCUGCAAGCAUUUGAGUAUGAAGAGUUGGAAAACACACCCGGCAGGCUCCAGGACUUCUAUGACUCAACUGCUGGAAAGUUUGUUCACCCAGAAAUACUCCAUCUUGUAGCUCUGAUUAAUACAGAAAGGAACAAGAAAAUAGCUGCUACAUCUCCCCCCCAGUCCUGA